AUGAGCCCUGCCCUGCUGUCAGUUUUCCUGGGCCUCACCUUCAUGCUGCCCCGAGCGCAGACCCUGACCUGUCAUGCAGGAAUACUGCAGACUGUGAAGACAGUAUCAGAACUGCCCAUGCAGUGGACAGCUGGCAAUGAGUCCUGCAGGGCUGGCUGGGGUUGCCAAGAUACGCUGAUGCUCAUUGAGAACGGACCCCAGGUGUUCCUCCUGCUCAUCAAGGGCUGUACCCAGAAGGAAGAUCAUGAGGUCCGUGUCACCCAGCACAGGGAAGGCCCUGGCCUUUCAGUCGUCUCCUACACCCAUGUGUGUCGCCACAAGGACUUCUGCAAUGACCUGUCCACCACCCUCCCAAUCUGGGCCCUGCCCGCCUCUGUAGUCCCAGGGUCCAUGACGUGCCCGGUCUGCUUUUCCGUGAAUGACUGUGGAUCUGCAACAGAGCUGACCUGCCCCAGUGGGCACAAUCACUGCUACAAUGGGGUCCUCCAGCUCAGGGGAGGAGACAUCAACACCAAUCUGAUAGUCCAGGGAUGCAUGUCCGAAGCAGCCUGCAACCUGCUUAAUGAGACUCGGGAAAUCGGGAAACUGUCUGUGAGUGAAAACUGUGGUUCUGAUGGUGAGUCCCACACCCGGAAGGCGAGCACGAGAUCUGGAGGGACAGACAUGGUUUGUCCCCGGCCUUACACGGACCCUGGUAAUUUCUUCUCCCCAGGUUUUCUGAUCUGUCAGUGGGGGAUCAUGAUAAAUGUUAAAGAAAACCUGAGUCAGGACCCCGAGCAAUGGAAUAGAAUCACAACCGUGAAAUGUGGUCCGAAGGAGGUGUGUCAGGAGACACUUCUGCUCAUAGAUGUAGGACCUAAAUCACUCAUAUUGGGGAGCAAAGGCUGCAGCAAUACUGAGACACAGAAUUCCAAGACUGUCUCCAUCCACUCGGGGCCCCCCGGAGUGCUCGUCGCCUCCUAUGCCCAUUUCUGCUCCUCCAACCUGUGCAACAGGGCCAACAGUAGCAGUGUCCUGCUGAACUCCCUCCCUCGUCCAGCUGUCCCUGUCCCAGGAGACCUGCAGUGUCCUGCCUGUGUGCAAUUAGGUCAACCCUGUACAUCCUUUAAAAACGUCUCAUGCCCUACUGGCACCACUCAUUGUUAUAAAGGUCACAUCAAUGUCAGAGGAGGUGGGCUGACCACCCCACUUAGCAUUCAGGGCUGCAUGCCCCAUCCUUCCAGCUCCUUGUUGAACCACACCAAAAAUAUUGGGCAGUUCAUCGCAGACGAGGACUCUGAGAACAGUGAUCACCAAAGGGGACGUGGGAAUAAUAAUCUCCAAAGUGGGGCUGCUCCUGCCCCCAACCUGGCUUGGGUGGUGGUGCUGGGGCUAUCCCUAGCCCUUUCCUUUGGGAUGACCUCCCUGCUGACUCCAUUGCCCCAUGAUUUUUCUCCCCUGCUGACCCCCUAA